GCGAGUCGCUCUUGCUUGCUUUGCUUGCUUGCUUGCUUGCUUCACUUCAACACGACACGACCCAUCCAUCCACCCCUUGCUUGCCUGUGCAAAGCAACAUGGAUUUGGUGGCGGAGCUGCUGGCUCGGACCACAGAGGUCGUGCGGGUGGACGACUUGCUUGGCGUGGAGGAUGUGCCUGCGGCAGUGGUUGUGUUUGCGGCGGUGUGCGGCUCUGUGCUCUUGCUGCUGGCUCGAACGGUGCGGGCAAGCAAAGUGGACAUGCACUACGUGCCAACACCCAGCAACAAGGCCGUGGUUCACAAGCUGCGCCAACACACGACGCUCACCCGCUACAAGCCGCCUCGCCUCCUCACCAACGCACACACCAGCACCCUCUUUGCUGCCCUUGGCAAGCGCCCGCCCAUGCCAAAGUUCCACAGGGAGCACUUGGACACGCCCGACGGUGGGCUGAUUGGUCUGGACAUUCUCGAGCCUCCAGCGCGCGGUGCUGCGGACGCGCCUCCACUGACGGUUCUGCUGGUUCCCGGUAUUGCCAGCUGCAGUGACGCCCCUUACAUCCGGUCCCUCGCUCUCGCAUGCCACGAGCAUGGCUGGCGGACGGUGGUGAAGAACUGGCGCGGGUGUAAGACGGAGCUGCGGAGCGCCCGCACGUUCAACUACGGCAACACGGAGGACAUUGAGCUUGCCAUCCGGUACAUCAAGCGCAUGUACCCGGCAGGGCCCAUCGUGGCUGUCGCCUUUUCCAUGGGCGCAAACGUGCUCACCAAGUACAUGGGCACGACGAAUGAGGACCUGGGGUCUGACCUGUACCACAGCAUCGACGCAGCCGUCACAUACUCAAACGGAUACAUCCUUCAAUGGGGAUACGAAAUGUUGCACCAGCCCCACUUCCGGCCCUACCAUCUUGCCCUGCUGUUUUGGGCAAAGGAGCCCUGGAAGCAGCUUCCACCCGAGCAGUUUGAGCAGUCUGGCUUGCCCUUUACGAAAGACGAGUUGCUGGCGGCGUCGACGCUGGCUGAGUUUGACAAGCUGCACCUGCCAGCCAUCUACGGCUACAGUUCGCUUGAAGAGUUUGCACAGGCAGAAAGUUCCGGCACAUAUUUGCACAGGAUCCGCCGUCCGUUUCUGACGGUGAACGCACGCAAUGACCCUCUGUUUCCCGAGCAGGCCGAAGAGUUUGUGCGAAAGCACGCGACAGACAAUGAACACAUCAUCUUCGUGCUGACGGAGUGGGGUGGGCAUGUUGGCUGGGACAAGAACUUCUUUCAGCACCACGACGCUGAUGAACACCACAAUGUCAUGGAUGAAAUCACCACCACUUUCUUUCACCACGUCCUCCACCACACCUCCCACUUUGAGGAGAAGUGACAGCUCACACCCCUUUGUCUGUAGAUGCCUGUGUGUGUGUGUGUGUGUCUGUCUGUCUGUCUGUCUGUCUGUCUGUGUGUG